GCCUCUUGGGGAUGCUGGCGCCCCGGUGGAAAAUUUCUAGUUCAUCUUUUUUUUCCGUCUCUAAGCACCGGUCCAUGCAUUCUAAAAGUUGACUUUUUCGAAAGAUUUAAAUAGGAAGAGAUGUAAUUUCUCCUCCCUCAGAAAGGGGCGUUCUGCUUCAGAAAGUUAAUUUUUCAGAAUUGAAGAUUUCGUAAUCGAAUCGUGUUCUAGAUUUAGUUACUUCAUAAUCUGGCUCCCUUUACAAGUGAGGACGCUGAAACCAUGGACGUUAGCACCGUAGAGUUCUUUUUACCAUAUACGCAUAGGCUUCCCGAAUAACUUCUACAGAAGACUGGUUAAAUUGUAUAUGUAAAAAGUCGAACGGUUUUGUAAAAAGGUGCUUGUAGUUUUGACCUUACUAUCUGAAUUUAGUUGUGGUAACAGAAAACGGCCUGUAAAACAAGAACCAAGUAUAUUGGAAGCAAUUGCAGGGGGCAGCUCCUGACCGGGUUUGACUUAAAGUGUGCAGCUUGGAGCCUUUAGUUGUUAACAUUGAUCCCCUUCAGGUGAGUAUUGGGCUGGAGUUUGGAUUUGAUGAGAAAUUGUCAUGUGGCUGUAAAUGUCUUGUAGAGUACAUAUCGUGAAGGUCCAGAUGAGAAUAGUCUGACACAUUGUACAAAAAGAUGGUCAGUGGAAACUGAGGCAAGGCUAUAGCUUCCUUAGAAUUUGUUUGAAUAGGAGAUAAUAAUCUCGAUGGAUUAGGAUGUAUCAUGAGGUAAUGUGGUGCGAAUGCUUGGUCAGUUUAGUCUUGUGUGUGUGCGUGUCGACUGAAAUAUGCACUUCAUCUGUAUCACUCUUAGGUGGUUUUGUUUUAAAUUCUGUAUUAACGGUUGCUUUCUUUUCAGACUGCAAAAUUCAAAAUGGGGCCCAAGGUAUUCGUUUCAUCUACACCAGAGAAGGCAGACCGAGUGGCGAGGCUUUUGUUGAACUUGAAUCAGAAGAUGAAGUCAAAUUGGCCUUGAAAAAAGACAGAGAAACUAUGGGACACAGAUAUGUUGAAGUAUUCAAGUCAAACAACGUUGAAAUGGAUUGGGUGUUGAAGCAUACUGGUCCAAAUAGUCCUGACACGGCCAAUGAUGGCUUUGUACGGCUUAGAGGACUCCCUUUUGGAUGUAGCAAGGAAGAAAUUGUUCAGUUUUUCUCAGGGUUGGAAAUCGUGCCAAAUGGGAUAACAUUGCCGGUGGACUUCCAGGGGAGGAGUACGGGGGAGGCCUUCGUGCAGUUUGCUUCACAGGAAAUAGCUGAAAAGGCUCUAAAGAAACACAAGGAAAGAAUAGGGCACAGGUAUAUUGAAAUAUUUAAGAGCAGUCGAGCUGAAGUUAGAACUCAUUAUGAUCCACCACGAAAACUUAUGGCCAUGCAGCGGCCAGGUCCCUAUGACAGACCUGGGGCUGGCAGAGGGUAUAACAGCAUUGGCAGAGGAGCUGGUUUUGAAAGGAUGAGGCGUGGUGCUUAUGGUGGAGGCUAUGGAGGCUAUGAUGAUUAUAAUGGCUAUAAUGAUGGCUAUGGAUUUGGCUCGGAUAGAUUUGGAAGAGACCUCAAUUAUUGUUUUUCAGGAAUGUCUGACCACAGAUACGGGGAUGGUGGCUCUACUUUCCAAAGUACAACAGGACACUGUGUUCACAUGCGGGGAUUACCAUACAGAGCUACUGAGAAUGACAUUUAUAAUUUUUUUUCACCACUCAACCCUGUGAGAGUACAUAUUGAGAUUGGACCUGAUGGCAGAGUAACUGGUGAAGCAGAUGUCGAGUUUGCCACCCAUGAAGAUGCUGUUGCAGCUAUGUCAAAAGAUAAAGCAAAUAUGCAACACAGAUAUGUUGAACUCUUCUUGAAUUCUACAGCAGGAGCAAGCGGUGGUGCUUACGAACACAGAUAUGUAGAACUCUUCUUGAAUUCUACAGCAGGAGCAAGCGGUGGUGCUUAUGGUAGCCAAAUGAUGGGAGGCAUGGGCUUGUCAAACCAGUCCAGUUAUGGUGGCCCAGCCAGCCAGCAGCUGAGUGGUGGUUAUGGAGGUGGCUACGGCGGCCAGAGCAGCAUGAGUGGAUAUGACCAAGUUUUACAGGAAAACUCCAGUGAUUUUCAAUCAAACAUUGCAUAGGUAGCCAAGGAGCAGUGAACAGCAGCUACUACAGUAGUGGAAGCCGUGCAUCUUUGGGCGUGAAUGGAAUGGGAGGGAUGUCUAGCAUGUCCAGUAUGAGUGGUGGAUGGGGAAUGUAAUAGAUUUUAAUCACUGACUCUUGGUCUUUUUUUUCUUUUUUUUUUUUUUUUUCUUUUUCUUUUUUUUUUUAAGAAAACCCUUCAGUUUAACAGUUGCAAUCCAUCCUUGUGAUUUAUGCCUACUCUUUAAGUGAACAUUGGCAUUGCUCAAAGGACUAAGGUCCAAUGUUAAACAUAGUCACCUAGGAUGAUACAGUGAAGUUGAGUGAACUGUAACUGUUAAACAAUUCCCGGCUUUUCUCUAGUUACUGUAGGAUGUAUGUAAGUAGUAAGCGUAUUUAGGUUAAAGCAGUUGAAUUAUGUUAAAUGUUGCUCUUAUACAUACAUUACAUUGAACACUGUUGAUGCAUGUUGAAAAGACAUGCUUUUUUGUAAAACUCAAUGUAGGAGCUGCGUCUACAAUUAAAAGUGAAACAUUUGGCAUGUUUGUUCUAAUUUCAUUUGAUAACCUGUAAGGCACGUGAGUUUUUUUUUUUUUUUUUUUUAAGUUAAUGGAGAAAUUUUGAGACGCAAUACCAUUACUUUAGGAUUUUUGGUCUUGGUGUUUGUAUGAAAUUCUGAGGCCUUGAUUUAAAGUCUUUCAUUGUAUUGUGAUUUCCUUUUUAGGUGUAUUGCGCUAAGUGAACCUUGUCAAAUAAAUCUUCCUUUUAAAAGCUA